UCAUGAAAUGUCAGUGCGAAACAAGGGUACUAGUUGGAAAACGCUAUGUUUUUAAUUUGUAUUUGUUAUUAAUUGGCUGAUGUGAGCUGAAUUCACGAAGAAGGCGUGUCUAUAUAUUAAAGUAGUAUAUUUAUUCCAUAUAUUUUCAUAAAAGUACAAUAAUUAUAAUGAUGAAAAUCAGUGCCUUAUUUUUUAUUAUAUUCAUAUUGGUACCCAAAGGGCAAGCCCUAGAAUGCUAUGUUUGCGACAAUCAAGAAAACAAUAAAGAGAAGUGCGUGAGCACAAUUCAAACAUGUAAUUAUGGGGAAGAUGUUUGUCUGUCUGAAAUAAGUUGGGGUAGUACACCUUAUUGGCAACAAGGUGCAUUGAAACAGUACUACAUAUCGAAAAGAUGUUCGACAAAAGAUAAAUGUGCGAAAUACAGAAGUAGUAAUAUGCCUACUUGUACACACAUAUGGUAUCAGGAUUGGAAAUGUUCGGAAUGUUGUAAGGGGGAUAGAUGCAAUUAUUAUAUAAUUUCCAAGGCAAGUACACGAAACACAUUGGGUUUGACAUCUGUAUUAUCCAUUAUGUCUUUGGUGGUGUUAAGGAACUUAUAAUGGUAGAUACCACAAGUAGCCACACAGUGUUUCAGUUAAGUGCCUAGGAACAAGCAAAAUCCUUCCAAAGAUUUCUUGAUACAUUCUCAAAAUG